AUGGAGACAUUAGAGAAAAGGAAAAAGGGUGCCCCCAACGAUUCCACGUGGGAGGUCUCAUCGAAGGAGAAGGGAGGUGAAUCGCAGCUUAGAGGGCGAGAUGUCGAAGGAGAGAGGCGACGCUUUAGUAGACGUGACGACACCCUGGGAGGCGCGGACGACACCCUGGGCAAUGUGGGUGGUGCCUUAGGCAUCAAUAGGGGAGCCCAGCUCCAAGGAGGCGCCGAAGAAGAGAGGGGCAACAUCAGCGCGCUUUCAGUGAUGCACCAGGCUACAACAGUGGAGGCAACGACAGAGAUGUAG